GUAGGUGCUUCGGAACAUUCUGCAAACGGCCCGAGUGUGACACCAGCAAACAUGAUCACCACCUCGUCACCCGUCUUGGUGACUCUGGCGUUGUGCUCUGUGCUUGCGUCUGGCAACCCUCAGAGCUUCUACUACUUCCAACCCCCGUACCACCAAAAUCAACAACAGCAAUACCACGCACCUCAAGCGCAGCAAUAUCAGCAAUAUUAUGCUCCACAAAACCAACAGUAUCAGCAAUACCAACCACAGUACCAGCCGCAGUACAGCCAAAGACAACAGCAAUAUUACGGUGGACAAGCGGCGGCACCCUACCCCUUCCCUUAUCAGGGUGGCGGAUUCCUAGCGCCAGGAAGUUACAACCCGGCGUACAACUACAAUCCAGGAUACAGCACCUCAACAGUACAAAGUUAUGGUCCCGUGCCACCCCACCAGUACUAUUCGCCCCCGCAGCAACAGCCCCAGUACGUUUUCGUGUACCCCGGCAAUCCGUAUCAACCCUAUCCGAGCAACACCCCUGCCGUUCGCUCUCCGCCAAUGGACGACACCGGUGACGCUGAGGUCAUCAACACACUGAACAGCAACGAGCACCCCGAGCAGGACGCCUCCCACGAGCGCCGGGAACCCCUUAGCCCUGAUGUGGCCCAGUCAGGACCGGAAGCUGGACGCAGAGUUAUGCCUGAGAAGCACGUCGUGCUCCGCAAACCCCAGAGGGUGCAGAAGUUGGUUGACGAGGCCAAAAUGGUGAGGCAACAGCAACAACAGGCCCAAGCGAAGGUGGACGACGACGUUGACACGAUUGUCGUUGAGACUGAAGACGAAGAAGAUGACAGCGCAUCGAACCGCCCUGACGAGAAGGGAUGGCGCCGGCGCCUGGCCCCUAGUCUACAGUCUGUAUACUUGGAAGCUGAUGAUGACGACGCACGUGCUGGAAUCAAAGCCCCUUCGACCGGAAGUGGCGAGGGGGUGGUUGUUGGAGAAGAUUCCAAUGGACCUUCCGUGGCGUCUGUCAAACCGGCGGCCAUCGCCCUCGCUGGACCUGGAGGAGUUGCUUCUGCAGCCCCAGUUGGAACAGCAGUGGUAGGACCUGGAGGACUGGCCGUCGCUGCCCCAUCGGCCACAGCCGUCGCUGGACCUACCAGCGGCGUCCCUCCUGGCGUCCUCGGAGGCACUGCUUCUGCCAGGUCCAACUUCCGUCUGCAUCAAAUGCUGGAGAAGAUGUACGCGGCUCCUGCGCGUCGAGCAGCCCUCAGGUCUGCUGCCGCUUACAACCUCGAAGACUUCUACUAAACUGUGCCCGGCCCGCUGUGUAAAUAAUAUGUGCAAUCAAAUAUUGAAUUUGAAAACUAUGUUUAUGUCCGCCGAUUGAGUGCGUGCAGGGAGGCUGAAUUGAUUCCAGUUAGUUAUUUAAGCUUUCAUGCAUAACUAAUUGCAAUGAAUGUGAGAAGCGGACAUAUAAUGUAUUAUUUCAAAAGAGAAAAAAUUGGCUGAAACGCCGAUGUUGGAAAUUUGUUUUAAGAAAAUAAGAAUUGUAAUUGCUCGUUAGACAUAUAAAUAUCUGCCAUGACAUACAAUUAAAAUGCCAUCACACGAAAAUUUAAAAAUAAAAAAUUUCAAACGCUGUCACUUUUCUUGCACCGCAAAAUGGAAAGUUUUGAAAUGUUAUUUACGGAUGGAAUGCUCACCCUGAAGAUCAACACCGUUAUAACAAGGCAUUGUAGAUCUCAUUUUGAACGUCAAACUAUAAGCUGUCAUCAUUAUCUUUCAAUAAAAAAUACAGAAAUGUCAA